AUGUCGCCAGCAACCUCCCAGGACAGUUACGAGACAUUCCAACCCCAAGCGGCUCCCAGUCCGCCACCUCUGUCCCCAGUUUCUCCUGCUUCACCCGUCACCACCUUUUCCACUCUCAGUCAAACCUCGAGUGUCGACUCGGAAACCAAUCACUGGGCGACCAAGAUAUUCAAUAAUCUGCCCAGUACUCCUCUGGAUGUGGACCCAAACCCCACCUCGCAGUUCCGCAACAUCGACCAUGAUCUUGAUGGCGAGAUUCUCCAUUUUGCCGGGGCCAUCCGUGACGGUGGUUACCGGCAUGUCCUCCGAUUGUACCGUGACAAGAGGACGGACGCCGUGCGGCUCGAGGCCGCUGUCCUCGACAAAGAAAUGAAAGACAGCACACCCAUCUGGACAGCUUUUAUCACGCACAAAAUCACCUCGCCUAGUUGGUUUCGAUGGCCUAAAAAUAGCUCCACGAUUUAUCUUGCUGAACUUCAACGACAUGUCUUCUCUUCCGAAUACUCACCCCACGUCCGCGCAAACGGCGAGCAUCUUCUUGACUUUGAAGUUUUCACAGAUGCCGAAGACUUUGUCAAGACGCUCAAAGAUUUGCGCGAGGACAUUCGCAGACCGAAACCGACCAAAAACCCUUCGCACCAGAACUAUCUCCAACUCCUCCUGUUAAUAUUAGCCAGUGUCGAGGACCUGGAGAAGUCAUGGCUCCUCUUCUUUCGCUGUUCGGUGCUGUCUGCGGCUUUGAAGUUGUGGCUGCUGGUCGUCAUGUCGCAGUCAGAAGAAGCGUCUCGGGAGACCGAGAACGCCCUGAGCGUUGAGGCACCGCCAGCGACCACCCAUCAGUAUAGCGACCCGAGCUCGGGAAGGACGUUCCUCCAGAAGGCGUACGCUUGCCUGACCUAUGUGCCACCGAGGUGUCGCUAUGACCCCGAGAAGCCGUUUCAGUUCUCAAUGGCAUUGAAUGUGCUCUUUGCAUUCGCCGGUUGCUUCACCGUGGCAAACCUCUACUACACCCACCCAAUCCUCAACCUCCUCGCAGACGACUUCCACGUUACCGACGAGCAAUCUUCCUAUAUCCCGACUCUUGCACAAGCCGGAUAUGCGGGCGGAUUGCUGUUCUUGUGCCCGUUGGGGGACUUGGUCAAGAGGCGGCCGUUUGUGCUUUGGCUGGUCUGGUUUACCGCGACCUUGUGGAUCGGCCUCUGCGUCACCAAAUCGUUUGCAGCUUUCGGAGUUAUCACAUUUAUUACAAGUGUGACAACUGUGACACCUCAGUUGAUGCUGCCACUGGUCGGUGACAUGGCUCCUCCUCACCGGCGGUCGACGUCUCUGUCUAUUGUCGUGUCGGGGAUGCUGCUGGGAAUGCUAAUUGCCCGUCUCUUGUCUGGCGUCGUUGCUAGGUACAUCGGUUGGCGCUAUAUUUACUGGAUCUCAUUCGGAUUGCAGUACUUCAUCCUGAUUUUGCUGUAUCUGUUCAUGCCAGAUUACCCUUCAACAAACCCGGGCGAGAAUAUCUGGAAGAAGUAUCCCAUGUUGUUGUGGGAUAUCGUGAAGCUCGUGGUCAAGUAUCCGGUUUUGGUCCAGGCAUGUCUUGUUGGAAUGUUCACCGCGACGACCUUUACCAGUUACUGGACAACUCUUACUUUCCUCCUUGCGGGAUCUCCAUACCAUUACAGUUCCCUGGUUAUUGGUCUUUUUGCUUUGAUCGGCAUUGGCAGCAUGUCUUGGGGCCCUAUCUUUGCCAGGACGGUCAUGGAGAAACACCAACCGCUCUUUUCGGUCAUCAUUGGCGAAGUUAUUUGUUUGGUCGGUGUGGUCAUUGGGACAUAUACCGGCAAAUUUACGGUGGCUGGGCCCGUGAUUGAGGCAAUUUGCAUCGAUAUCGGCCUGCAGACCAGCCAGAUCGCCAACCGGACGGCCAUUUAUAAAGUCGCGCCCCUGGCGAGGAACCGAGUCAAUACAGCUUACAUGGUCAGCGUUUUCGUGGGCCAGUUGAUUGGCACCGCCGUGGGGAACUCGCUUUAUGCUGAUGGUGGAUGGAUCUCUUCCGGAUCGGCAAGUGUCGGGUUUGUUUCUGCGGCGUUGGUUGUGUGUCUCUUACGCGGUCCUCAUGAACAAGGAUGGAUAGGUUGGCGAGGAGGAUAUAAUAUGCGAAAAGGAAUGCCAAAGAAACCCCAAAAGACCCCAAGUGAUACGGAGGCUGUCCAGAUUCAGGAAGCGCCUCAACCAUUCAGCGAGGAGAAGACGAAAGAAGCUGUACAGGGAGAGAAGGAAAUCGAAGUGCAGAUUCACAAUGAGCACCACGGAAAUGAUGACAGUUCUCGAUCCUCGCAACGUACACUCAGUGAAGAGAUACAGCCUUACAGGGAGAAGGAUUAG